AUGGAAAGAACUUCCUCCAUUACAUAUCGUCCCGUUCUGCAAAAGGAGCAGACAAAAGCACUUGAACUAUGGAAGUCUGUAUUUGAAGCAAAGAGUGAUGGAUAUUUCGAGCGAUUUUUUUCACCUCAAGCAUCACCGGACUAUCAAGAAGGAGAUACGUUAGGAGCGUGGGCAUAUGAUGAUCGACUGGUUAGUAUUGUACAAAUUCGUCGUUCAAUAUUGAUAUCAGAUAAAAAUGAGACAUUUCUUUGUGGUGUAAUUUCGAAUGUUGCUACGGAUGUCGAAUUUCGAAAUCAAGGUUUAUCAAAACAACUACUUUUGCAAGCAAUCGAGAGAAUGGAGCGAGAGAACUUUUCUUUAUCUAUGUUAGGAACAGGUCAACCUCAACAUUACCUAAAACUAGGAUGGAAACCAUUACGAAGUCGUAUUCAAUACGUUAUUAAUUUGAAGAGAAAUGAUCUAUCUACUGAGAGUGAAAACAGAUUAUGGAUACCAGCGUGUUCUGUCUCUUCUUAUGAUAAACUGUUGGAAAUCUAUUCAACACAUCCGCGCCCAUAUCAAUUCGAUCGUUGUUCUUCGUCACUGUUCGAACAUUGGAUUGGCUGGCAUUGGAAAGAAGGUUCUGCCUUUUUAUACAUGUCACCAGAUUACAAAGGCUACAUAGUAAUUAGUCACGCUGACGGAAAGGGUUGUCCUGUUUCAAUUACUGAAUAUCGUGCAUUUGAUCACGAUACCGAAAAAACAUUACUUGAAACAGCUGCAGUAGAAAUAUAUCGACGAUAUCGUCAAAACAGCUUUCUCUUACACACACUUCCUCAGUAUACAACGUUACAGUCGCUUGGAUGGAACGACGAUAAUAAUUUGAUUUUCGAAGAAAACGAAGAUGUUAUGCUACGAAAUAUUGGCUUGUCAGAUGAACAGUAUCAGACAAUCAAAACAACUUUUGAGGCAGUGGAUGGAAAAACAACGAUCUGGCCAGAGGAAUAUUACUAA